AUGCACGGAAGUGGUUACCACAGUAAACCUGGUGGUAGCUACAAUGAAAACUCACAUCAAAGAGGUCGUGCAAACAAAUCAUUAGAGUUUAUAAACUCAAAACAUGAUCAAUUCGGUCGAAGUACUUUGGAUAAUAUUCCAUAUAGGUCAAAUGAUCAGUUUUAUGUCUCAGCAUCGCCACGAAAAUACUCUUUUGGUUAUUCCUAUAGUUCUUACGACAGUUAUGACUAUUAUUCCGAUUAUUAUUCAUCAGUAACUCAUGGUUACUCUUCAAGUCCAAGACAAACAUACGAAACAGGUGGUGAUGAACUACCUUCUGUGUAUUUUGAUUCAGAUGUUGAAGAAAAUUCAAAAUUGAAUACAUCGAAAACCUUAGAAAGUUCGUCAUCAAAAUCUGUUUCACAGACUUCCACAGUUAGUAUACCAAUUUUUAGAUUUCCUUCUGAAUCAAAAAGUUCAAGAAACUCAAAUUCGAAAUCGAAUACUACAAAAAGCACGAAAGGUCAUUACAAACCGCCACCUUUAAAAGAAUUUACCAAUGUAUAUUCAACAACAGAUACAGAAUCGACAUUACCUCCAAAACCAAAACAAGAUUUAUUAUCUCCUGCUCCAGGAUUUAUUUUACAUCUUGACACACCAUCUGAGAUAGAUCACACAGACUAUGGACACCCUAUACGACCGAGAAAUGUUAAGCCUCGCAAGCCACCGCCAAUUUUACAGGAAGAACAAAAGAAAAAGAACACUCAUACACCUGUUUACGAAGCGCCUCUACAAAAGAUUGCAGAAUCAUACAGAAAAGCAGCCCAAGAAGAACAGAAAAAAGAAAAUGCGAAAACCACUCCAAUUAUUCCGAAAAUUACUCCAAACAAUCCACCGCCGGUUGAAGCAAUAGAUCAAAUACCGAAGCAGAAGAAGACAAAACCGCAAAAAGUGGUUACUCUUGAUGAAAUUAAAGAAAUCAAAGAAAAAACUAUUCCGAAACAGACUCCAAUCAAGGCAGACACUCCUAAAUCAAUAGACAUAAUAGAAGAGAAGCCAAAACCAAAGAAACCGAAGAAAAACAAAAAACAGAAAAAGAAUUACGAAGAACCAAUCGUAAUUUUCACAGAUAGUCAGUCAGUUCAAUCUACACAGAGCAUAAAAACACAACCAAUCAUUCAACUUAUAUCUGAACAGAAAAGUGACAAUAAGGAACCAAAAAGUGACAAAAAAGAAACAAAAACAACAGAUAAUAACAAAACAUAUAAUGAUGCAAAAAGUGUUGCAAAUUAUAGACCAAAAAGUGAAAUUAAAGAUAAUGACUUCAAAACUGACAUUAACGAAAUCAAAAGUGACAAGUACGAUGCAAAAAGUGUCAUGAAUGUCAAAAAAUAUAAAACUCUCACAGAUACUAAAAAUAAUGAUGAUAUCAAAUCACUUGAUCUUACAAAAAGUGACAAAAAUAAAUCUUCUAAUGAUAAUGAACCAAAAAUUAAAACUAAUGACGAUACAAAAAGUGUCAAAAAUAAGAUAGUUACUGAUAAUGAUAAAAAUGAUGAAAAUGAUCAUAAAUCAACUGUUGAUGUUCAUUAUAUUAAUGUAGAAAAUUCAGAAAGUGAAAUAACCAGACAAAAACAAAAUCAACUUCAGAUAAAACUUGAUGGAAAAGUUGAAUUUAAUAAUCGAAGCGGUUUUGCUCUUGAUAAAAUCAUGAAUUCCGAACAUGACGAAUUAGAUGAUGAUUCUUUCUUCAAGGAUUCAAUGACAGGAAAGCACAUGGCAGAUGAAGAUGAUGUUGUUGAAUUAGAGAGUCCUUUCAUGUUCCAGAAACAAUUUUUCUCUCCAAAUCAAACAGAAGACAAUUCCCUUUCUCUGAAUACAAACCAAACAAACAGAGCUGUCGCUGAAACAAUUUCUACAAUAUCAAAGCCAAAUGAUGAUGAUUUGGACGCAAAAUCUUUGUUCGUAAUCAAAGUUCAAACACCAAAGAAAAAUGAUGAUACAAAAAGUGUCAAGUCAACAUUUGUCAAAAAGUCAAAACACUCAAAACACAAAUCAACGGCUGAUGAAACAAAAAGUGACAGUAGAGAGCCAAAAAGUGGCAUCAGGGAAAUUAAAAGUGACAAUAAAUUACCAUCACCAAAAUUUGAAGAACCAAAGACAGAAAUUGAUCAAAUUAAACCUAAGAAAUCUGACGGAAUUAAAUCGAAAUCUUCUCAAGAAAGCCUGCCAAAAGUUCAAAAGAAUGAUUCUAUUUAUUAUGAAUCUGAUGAAUCAAUGAACUUAAAUUUGGAUGAGUUAUUAAGAAAGUAUAAGAAGCAAAAUGUGACAUUAGAAGUAAAUGAUAAUGAAGGAGUUGGUUCGUAUUUGCAAGAGCCACCAAAAUCUGCAAGAGUUCUGUCGAAACCUGUUGAAAUGGAUGAUUCUAGAAGUCAUAAAAGCCAUAAACAUUACGAUGUUCCUGAAACAAUACAGAGUGUAUUGCCGACAAUGGACAGUGAAGUUAAAAGUGCAUUCCGAUGGGAAUAUUAUCAAGAAACUGUUCCAAAUGUCGAGAAAAGUCAAUUAAUGGAUAAAAAUGAUAAAUUAUUGCCAUCUAUUCCAAAUCCAUCGGAACCAGUCUUAGGAUGGUUGAAAUUCCAAGUUGGCUUCAUUCCUAUUUGUGACAACAGUGAAAGCAUCCAAAAAGCUUCUCAAAUAUAUGAUUUUGAAUCUUUGUUGAAAGAAAUGAGAAAAGAAUAA